GGCAGGGAGGAGCACAUCCGAAUGCAGAGAUGCCGCAGUGGCUGGCGGCGGGCGCGCAAGCGGCGGAAUAGCAGCAGCAGCAGCAGCAGCAGCAUCACCAUCAGCAUCAGCAGGGAAGAAGGCUCACCGGCGGAAGGAGGGCAGCAAGAGCAGGCAAGGCGGUGGCUCCUGCCUUUGCGCCUGCUUCCAGGAUCCCGGGGCUCUCCCCGCGCAGCCACGCCGCGCACCGACACGUGCGGCCCCCUCCGCUCUCCGCCCGAAGAAUAUUCUUCUCAUCUAUUCCAUUUGUGGAUCUGUAAUACAUGCCUGUAGCCCAUAAUGGGAUUCUCUGUGGAGCUUGUCUUCUUUUCAUCAGCUGUCAUCUUUUGUACAGUAUGGUGGCCAACAGAGAGCACUGUAAGGAAUUAUGGGCCAGUAUUUGAAGAACAACCACGCAAUACCCUGUUUCCAGAAGGGUCAUCAGAGGAGCAAAUAUUGUUGACAUGUCAAGCACGAGCCAGCCCUCCUGCAACCUACAGAUGGAAGCUGAAUGGCACAGAGAUCAAAAUCGAGACAAAUUCCCGUUACAGGUUGAAUGGGGGCAACCUGGUGAUAAGCAACCCAGUGAAACUCAAAGAUGCUGGAUUCUACCAAUGUGUGGCAUCCAACUCUGUGGGCACAGUACUCAGCAGAGAAGCUUAUGUUCGCUUUGGCUUUUUGCAGGAAUUCUCUACAGAAGAACGAGAUCCAGUGAGGGGUACAGAGGGCUGGGGAGUGAUGUUUACUUGCAGUCCACCGCCACAUUUUCCUGGUAUUGAAUACCGCUGGUUUGUGAAUGACUUCCCCAACUUCAUCUCAACAGACAGAAGACGCUUCAUCUCACAGACAACAGGAAACCUUUACAUUGCUAAAACAGAGGCCUCUGACCUUGGCAACUACUCCUGUUUUGCCACUGGCCACAUUGACUCUUUUAAAAAGAGCGUUUUUAGCACAUCUUCUCAGCUCAGCCUUGCCAGAGAAGAUUCUAGACCAUAUGCCCCAACCAUUAAAGCCAAGUUUCCCUCCGACACUUUCGCUCUGGCCGGGCAGUUGGUUGCUUUGGAGUGUUUUGCCUUUGGGAACCCUGUCCCGCAAAUAAAAUGGCGGAAGUUGGAUGGUAGCCAGUCUUCCAGGUGGAUUACAACAGAACCCCUCCUGGAGUUUAAAGAAGUCGGCUUUGAGGAUGAAGGCACUUAUGAGUGCGAGGCUGAGAACAUCCAAGGAAAAGACACCUAUCGGGGUCGCAUCAUAAUUCAAGCUCAACCAGAAUGGCUGAAGGUCAUUUCGGACAAAGAAGCUGACAUUGGAGCAGACCUCCACUGGAGCUGUGCUGCAGCUGGGAAGCCCAGGCCUACUCUAAGAUGGCUACGGAAUGGACAGUCAUUAACUUCACAGAAUCGCAUUGAAGUGAAUGGUGGAGAUUUGAGGAUUUUCAAGUUAACAAUGGAGGACUCAGGCAUGUAUCAGUGUGUAGGAGAGAAUAAACAUGGCAACAUUUAUGCAAGUGCUGAAUUGUAUGUGCAAGCCUUUGCUCCUGAUUUUCGGUUAAACCCCGUGAGGCGACUGAUACCAGCAGCUCGAGGUGGAGAAAUUAUCAUCCAUUGUCAACCAAAAGCUGCCCCAAAGGCUAGCAUAAUUUGGACCAAAGGAACCGAGCUUCUAAGUAAUGGUUCCAGAAUCACUAUUACUCCAAGUGGCACUUUGAUCAUUCGGAACAUUAGCAAGUCAGAUGAGGGGAAGUACACCUGCUUUGCUGAGAAUUUCAUGGGCAAAGCAAACAGCACAGGAACCUUGUCAGUUCGAGAUGCCACUAAAAUCACUCUUGCACCAUCCAGUGCUGACAUUAACGUAGGUGAGAACAUUACCUUGAAGUGCCAUGCCUCUCAUGACCCAACAAUGGAUCUUACAUUUACUUGGUGUCUGGAUGACUUACUCAUUGACAUUAGCAAGUCUGAAGGCCACUACAAGAGAGCUAGUACAAAAGAAAAUAUUGGAGACCUUAUGGUCUUGAAUGCUCAGUUGAAACAUGCUGGUCGAUAUACUUGCACAGCCCAGACUGUGGUGGACAGUGCUUCUGAAUCAGCCACCCUAGUUGUAAGAGGACCACCCGGGCCUCCUGGGGGACUGGUAGUCACAGACAUCAAGGACACAACAGUGCAACUAAGCUGGAGUCGGGGCUUUGAUAACCACAGUCCAAUAGCCAAAUAUGUCAUCCAGGUCCGCACACCUAUCUUCUCCCAGUGGAAGCAAGCACGCACCAAUCCUGCAAAUAUUGAAGGGAAUUCAGAGACAGCCCAAGUAGGCAAUCUCAUCCCAUGGAUGGAUUAUGAAUUUCGGGUCCUGGCCAGCAACAUCCUUGGUGUUGGAGAGCCCAGCAUGCCAUCUGCCAAAAUUCGCACCAAAGAAGCUGCUCCAACCGUUGCACCAUCUGGGCUCAACGGGGGAGGAGGAGCACCUGGAGAACUGAUCAUCAAUUGGACGCCAAUACAACGGGAGUACCAAAAUGGAGAUGGCUUUGGAUAUAAGCUUACUUUCCGAAAGGAAGGCACUCAGGUCUGGAAAACUGCAACCGUGCUAGGGGCAGAAUCACUGCAUUAUGUGUAUCGCAAUGAGAGCAUAGCACCUUAUACACCAUUUGAAGUGAAGAUCAAGGCCUUCAACAAGAAGGGAGAAGGACCUGAAAGCCUGGUAUCCAUUGUACACUCUGCAGAAGAAGAACCAAGAGUUGCUCCCUCCAACAUUACAGUAAAUAUUGUUAUGGCUACAGAAAUGGAUAUAUCUUGGAAUCCUGUGGAAGACCAUGAUAUGAAUGGAGUUCUCCUGGGAUAUGAGAUCCGAUACUGGAAGCAUGGUGACAAAGAAGAGGCCGCUGACAGAGUGAGGACAGCAGGCCUUGUCAGCUCGGCACAUGUGACAGACCUCCACCCAAACACAAAGUACCAUGUGGCAGUCAGAGCUUACAACCGAGCAGGGACUGGACCAGCCAGCAUUCCCACAAGCUUCACAACAACAAAGCCCCCACCAAGAAGGCCACCUGACAACAUAUCCUGGAAGUUUUCCAGCUCCAGUGUGAGCAUCAAGUGGGAUCCCGUGGUUGCCAAGGCGGAUGAGUCUGCUGUUACUGGCUAUAAGAUGCUGUGUCACAUUGACUCGCAUUCAGAUCCUAUCCUGUACAUUGUCAGCAAUAAUCGGAUUGAGAUCCCAGUCCCAGAAGAUUCAACUCAUGCUCUGGUGCAAAUCAGAACAACAGGUCCUGGUGGAGAUGGAGUCCCAGCAGAGGUGCAUAUUCUGAGGAAUGGCGGUACAAGCAUGAUGGUGAAAAAUUCUGCAGACCAUCCAAUAACACAGACAGCAGUUGCCCUGACUCACUCACUAAUAAUGUUUGUCCUAAUUGGCUCACUGGAGCUCUGAUGGCAGCCACCAAGAAGGCUACUGGAGGGCUACUAAUCUAGCUGGAGCGAGUCAAGUGUUGCCCUUUAGGACUACAAAUUUCUACUAUAAAUCUCUACCACAACUGAUGCACUGCUCAGAGUGGCUGGUAAAAAAAAGAACUCAAAAGAAAAAUAACAGCUUUUCUUUGUUUUUGUUUUGUUUUUGUUUUUUUUAAGAAAAUAAGAACAUUUCAUACAGUAUUUGAGUCUUUAACCAAUCAAAGAUUUUUUAAAAACUGAAUAAACAAAGGGGUGAAUUCCAUAAGAAAUGUGGAAACAGGAUUCUCAUAUUACUGUAUUCAGUAGAUUCUUCUGCCUUACAAAGCCAUGUGCAAAUGUAAUCAAGACUUCAAGAACUUGAUCUUUUUUUCUUUUUUUAAAAUAAACCAAACCAGACUAAAUACAGUAUCUUGUAAGGGAAGGUUUUCAGAGUGAUGACCAUGUUCUGUAUCAUUCCAGCUACAGCCAGUUACUGAACCAGAGACUUUGGUUUUCAGAGUACAAGGGGAAUCUACGGAGUGACAGUUUUAAACAAACCAUCUGCUUUCAAGGCAAGUGAUUGAAGCUCACAAAGCCCAUGGAGACUGGCAGUCCUCUUCCAGCCCCAAACAGCAGAAGAAAAUGAAAGGUUGUGAAAUGGGUUGGCAAAAGAGGGAAACCAGUGGCUCAUUGGAGAAUCCAAAAAAUAUUUCAGUUGCCUUAUGAUAUAACUUCUGCUACCUGUACAUAUUGCUUAUAAUUCUAUUUCUGUGCUGUUCCAAUUCACAUAAAACAAAUUGUUCCUCUACACCCCCCACUCACCCCAAAAUUCAGCAAAUCUUAACUUUGGUUCAUUUCCUUCAGGUUUCCUUCCUUACCCACCCUUAGAGUUUUGAAGGGACAAGCAACAGGGAUCCUGUUAGCAUUGUAACAUAGGUAAAACUAACAUAUAUCUUGUGGUGGAUAGUGGAGAGCACAGGGUAGGGGAGAAACAUUUGAUUAUGUCCUAUACACAGCAACAUCAUUAUCUGGAGCCAUCAAAGAACCACAGGCAGAUCCUGGAGGAUGCCUUUGUUCUGUGCACCCAGUUUUAUCUGGGUGACCCUGUAUACAAUAAAAAGCCCUACACAAAGAGAGAGUGGUGAUGAACUGGAGAACCUUACUCUCCCAUCUCAUGUAGAUUCUCAACUCUGAACAUAGUAGACUCCAAAAAGUUACUGCAGAAGCCCCAGGACAUCUACCCAAUAGACAUGCGGUUAUCACCCGCCCAGGUUUCAUUGAUGUGGACCUGAGAGUAUUAAUAUAAAAGAGUGUUUCCUGAUUUUCCAUUGCUUGGUAUGAAAUGGUCCUUUGAUAUGUUAUGAGAAUAUUUGUGCAAUUAUCAAAUAUUUGGCCUUUGUGAAAAAUUCAUUUGUACGAAAAUAUUGCAGUUAGGCUAGAUAUAUUUUGCACAAAAAUAUAUUCAUUGAUAGAUCGACAUGUGACUUUAAGGUGCACACAAACACAUCCCUGCAAAAACACAAUGGCUGGCAUCGUGUUGGGAAUUUAUGUAAACCAAAUUGUUAUUGUUAACAGUUUAGAAGUGAUUACAACAGUGGGACAGUUUGAAUGGCAAGGUGCCCUUGUGAAAUGGCAAUGCAAAGAGAGGGAAGCAAUGCCAUCCACAAAAAAACAACAACAACUUCAAGGCAGUAGUAGUCUAGAACACAGGGCAAUGGAAAGUCAUGGAUGCCUUGAACCUAGCUAGAAAUAUAUCCUCACAUUUCAUUGUGCCACAAUAGGAUAUCUUUCGUAAUGCUCCAAUAUAUAUCAUUGCAAUAUUCUAAUAAGGUUGUUUCUAUAUCAGCAAUGUUACUCCAUCGUCAUAAAGCUUUACAUCCUUGAUGCAAGCACUUCUGCUUUGUACAAAAUGUUAUAAAAUAGUGCUUUUGUACAAAUUAAUGUUUUGCGCAAAAUGUCAUGAAAUGCAAAAAAACAAAAACAAAACAAAAACCAGCUAUAUGUUCACAAAUUCUUCUAAUCUUGUUUAUUAGAGAGGAAGCUUCUGGAUUAUUUUGAUCUCAUAUGUCAGAAUUAAAUAAGAGAUGAUUUAUAUCCCUAUCUGAGAAGGAAUUUUAUCCACUGUUGAAAUGGCAUUCCAUCUGGUCAUUUGUGGUUGUUCAACUGACUGGUGGUUUGAAAUUGCCCUCUGUGCCUAUAGAUCAUUCUCAGAAUUAGGUCUUAGCUCGAUUGAACACCUGAAUAUAAGUGUAUGAAUACUGGCUGACAGAUUUACACUACUCCCUACUCUCACUCAAGUCCUUGCUCUAAUUGUUAAUGUUUAUUGCAGAUAUGUCUAUAUGCUUGAUCUUCACCACAUAAUGAAAGAAUAAGGAAGGGAAAAUCUCAGCUUCCAAUACCUUUUCCCCUUCUACCUCUGCUCCUCAUAAUAUUGGUCUGGGCAUCCUAUUACUCUUCAUUGUUUAACCCUAUCAUGAAGUAGAAAGAUUAUGGUUAUAGCCUGGAAAAUGUUAAGAUCCAGCCAUACUAGAUCAGACCAAAGCCUUAUCUAUUCGAGUAUUCUAAUCCCUUGGUAACUAAACCCAUAAACUGGAAAUGAUUAUCUCAUACCCAACUAGAAUAGAGACUUUAGUGGGAAUAUAGACUAGUGUAGAGGCAAAGUCCUGAGGAUCUUAGCCCAGUUGCUAAAAAGGGAAUUGAAAAAUCAACACUUAGGACUCCUCUGCUGGAACGAACAAUUGGAUUUUCAGUCAAAGACAAUAGCACUCUCCUACUUCCACACUGGUACUGAGAAGCAUCCUGAUUCCUUCUAAUACUGGAGGUAUAUCAUAGCUAUCAUAAUUGGUGCUCUUUUUUCAUAGUUUUCAUAACUACUAGAUGUUGAUUGGAUUGAUGGGAAGCCUAAUAGAUAGAUGAGCUAAUGACCAGAGUGCCUGUUGUAUAAGCAGUUAAACAACCAUUGGAUUCAGCAUAACUAGGUUGAUGGAUAAUUGUGUGUGUGUGUCUUCAAGUCAUCUGCUGAUUUAUGGAGACCCUGUUGAUUUCAUAGGGGUUUCUUAGGCAAUAACACUCAAAUAUGUUUUGGUCAGAUCCUUAUUCUGAAA